UCUCGGCGAGUUUAAGAACAGGAAGGACCCAUAAAACUCUAACAACCACCACAUUUGGAACACUUGCACGUGUCAAAUAAGCUUGAGCAAUAUUUUUGGCAUUGAAUAAUUGGCCAUGAAACCUUGAUCAUGAAUGUGUUCUUUUUUCUCCAAUACCUUCUCCCCUACUAUUGAAUUGAAUAAGAGUAUUAUUCUUAAGUAAAAGCUAGAAGAAGAAAAUGGGAAGCCCGCCAGUGAGCUCAGACAUAUCGUUUCCACCAGCAGACGUGGAUGGGGAACUGAAUCCUGGGCAUAACGUUCGUGUUGAAGUUGAUCCUGAAUCAUCAGAGAUUGCUGCCACAAAAAAAUCAAAGGAACAUGCUGAGGCCAAACAAAAGAAAAGGGAAAGGAAAAAGAAGGAUGCCUUGCAGACGCUAAAAUCAGCCGUUAUAGUUUCAGGCAUAAUUGUGGCUGUGGCAGGUGUUGCCUUUGCCAUAACCAAGAAGUUAAUAAGAGAGAAAUGACCUUUCCUUCUCCUAAGAAAUAUGGAAGAUUAUAGACAAUGGUUUAGGUUGGUUUUCUUGGUCAGGUCUCUUCCCUCUUAUAUAUAAAUUUAAUUUUUGGGUUCACAAAUAAAUCCUCAGUCCCAACAAUAUUAUUAAUGUUGAAAUGGUCAUCAUGUAUGCUUUUUGCGAUGUACCUGAUGAUUCACUUCUGAGUGCACGUUACAUGUAAUUUAUUUAGAUACAUUGUUAAUGAGCCAUUGUAUACCAUUCUUCGUUGGUUAAUUAAUCGUUCAAGCAUAAAGCAUUUUAGACUCGUUGAGUCAGUUA